AUGGAAGCAUAAAUCGAAAAGAUCUUAGUGCAUGAUGGAGUGCAGAUAUUUACUUAAUCAGCAUGGACAGCUACCUAUCAAGUAGAAACUAAGAUAUUCCUCUUAGUGGGUUUAAGAGAAAAAGAAAUCCUCUCUGCUAUGUAAACCACUGAAAAAGAUUUAAUCAGCGAUAUUGAAAACUUUAAUCUUUACUAUCCUUGGAAUACAAAGAUAGUAGGACUAUAUAUUUAAUUUACUGGAACAAAACCAGCAAAUCAUCUUGAUAUAUUAGAUUAAACUCUUCAACAUGCUUAAUAUCAUAAAUUACUCUUGCUUGGGAAUUUCUUCUACACUUUGGCUGAUUAAAAAACAGUGAUAGGCACUGGAGUCAGCUUUGAUAGUAUUUUGCAGUCAUAUGAGUACUAAUUAAUUAGCUACGGUUCAAAUAAUAAGGAUAGAAAUUAAUGGUGGGACAAUAGAAAAAUGAUAUCACCAGAUUUUGAAGUUUCUGACCUCAAGAGAGAUCAAGUAGUGAACAAUUUCUUUUAUAUUCAGAUCAGAUAAACGUUUGAAGGGUUUGAUGAUGAGCUUGAGUAUUAAUAGUAGCAAUUUUUAGAAAAUCUUGAAAAUCCAAAGGAUCUUAUAAUGAUCUUUAGGCAACUAGGGAAUGAUGGGUUAAUUCAGCCAUAUUAAUCAAUGAGUGAAGAAUUCGGCAAAAGACUCAAUAUUGAAGCCAGAAAGCUCAUCAAAACUAACAAGAAAAUACAAGAUGUCCAUCUUACCAAUUAUCACAUAAUGAAAAAAAUGAUCUUAGAAAAAUAGAUCAGAACAGUCCAAGACUAAUGUGUUAAAAUUCUAUUUAGAGCCUAGGUGAAGUAGAAUACGAUAGGCCAUUGUUAAUACAUUCAUCACUUCUCAAAAAAUCAAGGAUGGGGAUGUGCCUACAGGUCUCUUUAAACAUUGAUAUCACACUUUAAAUAUGAAGGUUAUGCUCCAAGAAACGAUGUACCAUCGCAUAAGGAGAUAUAAUAAGCUCUAGUUAGCAUGGAGGAUAAGGAAAAAGAUAUGAUUGGCUCUUCGUAGUGGAUUGGUGCCUUUGAAGUCAAUCUAUGUAUGGAUUACUUCCUUAAGGCUGAAUGCAAGAUUAUGAAUGUAUCUUCUGGACUUGAACUGUAAACAAAGGCAAGGGAACUUAGAGAUCACUUUAUACAUCAUGGAACUCCAAUUAUGAUAGGUGGAGACCUCUAUGCUCAUACUAUUAUAGGAAUAGACUUUUGUGAGGAACUAGAUGACGUGAGAUUUUUAAUUCUUGACCCUCAUUACCCAGGAGGAGAUAACAAUAUCAAGAACAUAUUGUAAAAAGGGUGGUGCGCUUGGAAGGAUGUGACAAUGUUUAAAGCUGAUACUUUCUAUAAUCUUUGUAUGCCCCUAAGGCCAACAGAUGUGUGA